UGGAGGGGGGAGGAAGGGGGAGAACAACCAUGAGGACCCCAGUUAUCAGUCGGAGUAGCAGCAGAUUUAUUGGUGUUUGCUGCACCCCGAGCGGGAGCAGCGUGAGACACAGGUGUCUGAGCGUGAGCACCAGGCUUUGGCGGUCCGGCGCCAGCAGCUUUCGCAGCAGCGACCGAAGCAGCUAGAUUGCCAGACGUGGGGUCAAACACGCCGGCAAGGGCGCAGAGAUUCAUGACCAUGUCAACCGGAAGCGUGAUCAUUUCCCGAGUGCUCAUGUCCGGAGCGGCCUUGAUGGGAGAGUUGAACGGACUGUCGUUUCCGGGUGGUGGCAGCAUCUCGAGCACUUUCUGGCUGGAGAGGAAGUCUUCGAGAGAUGUGUGGGUAGGUGUCGUAUGUUCGUUGGCGAAGUUGAAAUCUCCAGGAGUUUUUCGAACCGGAGUCGGAGUGACAGGUGAUCGAAGAGGCUUGUUCAAGAUUCCCACCGGCGUGGCACGCACCGGCGUCUUGGGAGCCUCGAUAAUAACCCUGUUACCUUUUGUGGGCGUGACGGUCCCCAACUCUGGCACGGGAGUCGUGGGCUCGGUGGGCUUCAGGAUAGGAGUAACCGGGGCCUCCAACUUGACAUCUUCCUUCACCACAUCAUCACCACCGUGGUCGGAAGUACUCACCGCCGAAGCCGCGGCCGGUGUCUCAUCACCUAAUUCGGGGUCAAUACCAGUAACAUCAAGCUCCUGGGCGUUCAAUUCGCAUAUUUUAGAACUGACCUUUCGCACCAACAACUUCCUGUUCCUCGCCGUCUUCCUCCACCGAAACGUGGAGGUCCUUGAUUCCCUCUGCGAUGCUGGCGGUCAUGGCAGGCUCACUAGAAGCUCUUCUUAGGUGUCCAGCGGAGGGGCUGUCCAGCGCCCUCAACCUUUCCUUCCUGCUCAUCUGGUCAGUACUCUCCAUCUUUCGUCGUUGGGUUGGUCGUUAGGUAGGAGUUUAGCGAGCGUGGAAGCAGUGUUGUCACAAAGCUUCGUUGAUGCGCAGGUAAGACAGGAAAAGAAGAGUGGAAUUUGGUGGGUUGUUUGCUCGUUCAGGCGAGCGAGUCACUGUCUAUGACGGGCUUAGAAGUCCUUAUCGAAUCAUGCAGAUUGGUUAUCGCGAUCAUCGCGAUAUAACGUGCUGUGAAUCCCGUGUUGUAGGAAGUCCUACACAAUUGGCUGC